UUAGAACAGUUUUAUAAAAUUAACACGUUUUUUUGUGCGAUUUGAGUUUAUUUGCACAUGCUAUAAAAAAAACAGACUAAUUUUGGGCCACUUUGCGUGUCAAGUCUAGCAGACAAGUCUAGACAUGUCAUGUGUUUUGGCGGCUGAUCAGAACAAGUAAAAGACCGUUGAGAAAAAUAAUGGACGCCACACACUACAGCUUCUACAUAGACGAGGAAGAGGACGAGAUUUCUAUCAACUUGGAUAAGCUUAAAAAAUGUGGGGUUCCCUGCAUAGCCCGUUCUACACCCCACUGUUGUCCUGCCAGGAUUGAUAAAGAUGAUUCCAUUUGUAGCACAGGGAGUGGCACAAGUGGUAACUUGAAUGAAGCCGAUAGAGGAAGCGAUUGUUUCAGUCAUUUGCAGGACAGAGAAUCUCUUACUGAAGAAGGAUUUGUUGGUGGUGCUGCAAAUGCAGUCACACAGCUCAUAACAGCGUUCAAUGAAACUUGCACUCUAGCUGCAGCUCCCUCAAGGGAUGAUGAAAUUGCUACUCAAGAUCCUUCCCUUUCUGCUGGAAAUUGUCAAGAGGAUCAACCUGGUAUUACAGAAGACACCAAAUUGUGUGUCAACAAUGGUGUCAAAGCUUUGCCAGAUGUAUUGGAAGAAACUAGUCUGAAUGGUGGUGGGAUUAACGUAAGCCCUUGUAUAGCGAUGAAAUGUGAAGCGUUAACAAGCAUAACGGACGCUACUGCGCAACCUUCUGGCAUUGCUUCCGAGAUGAGCUCAGAUAUGCAAAUCACACCUCUCUCAUCAGACACUGCAAUGGACUCUGCCAAGGUAGCCACUGAACAAAGUUGCCAGACGUCGUUUUGCUUUCUGCCGUCCAUGUGGAAGCCCCCUGUUACCCCAGUGAAUCGAUUUGUACAGAAGCAACGCUCAGCGACGAGCAGCGUCGGCUUGGCUGAAAAUGUGAAAGAGGCGCAAGGAUCAUCCGCGAGCGUAAAAACUCGUGUUCCUGUGAGGUCAGCCAAGCUCUUUAGGACUCCAAGCAGCGAGAAAGGAGUGUCAAAAAUGUUGACACCCUUCGAAAAAUCCCCAGCCAGGAGAGGAAAAAUGAAGACAUCGCCAUGGACAGUAGAGAGCCCAGUGGCAAAAUAUAUCCACGAAAACCCUGUGCCACCCCUCGUUCAAGCAGUGAAACCUCAGAAGCAGGCAUCUGCGAAGGCAUUAUCUGGAAUCCAGCUUGUGACACGAGCAGAAUUUCAUCAUCCGGUGUCCUCUUCAUCCUGUCUCAUUGGAGCAAAGAAGUACCAAUCAUCCAAUAAGGGACUUCCCCUUAAGUUAAUUGAAUCGGGUUGGAAUCAAUGUCUUACAAGCUGCGGUCCAGUGGCUCCAAACAAAUUCACCCCAUCCAAGCCAUUUGUCAUGAAGCACACAGCAUCUGAUGCAAGCAGCACAUCGACAAAGGACAUCGACGCAUCUCUUGUUCAUGUUCUACCAGCCAGGCGAAUGCAUCAUUACUAAGCAUAGCAUUUUAGUAAAGUUGUUUUUCUCGAACCUUCGUCACAUA